CGUUGGCCUUGGAAACAUGGCGUCUCUCUGACAGCUGCGAGACUCUCAUUAUCUCCUACCAGCCGCUGACACACCGGGCCGGGCCGCAAAGCGGGCGGACUCUAACUGUGAACCGACCGCAGCACGGAUGCAGCCCGUCGUCCUGAACAGCCUGUCGUUGUAACGGCGCGGGUGCAAUAGCGGGUUUUUUUAGCACGGGUGUGCACGCCCACUCUGCUCGGUGGACGUUAUAACGAUUUAACCCGCACGGUGAGUUAGCCCCGCGUCCAGCUAACCGAGCCAGACAGAAAGCGGGCUACUGUUAGCACGGCACGACCACCCAUGUUACGUGAAGAGGGAGCUGCCACUACGGUCUGUCGCACACGUUAGGGAGGGCACUAAAGAGCCCGCGGAGGGAGACACCAUCGUCGGAUAAAAAACGGCGACAGCAAAACGGCUUGGUUGUGUUAUUGUAGCUCGCUUAGCAGGCUGGCUAGGGCGUUUCUGUUCACUCUGUCACUGAAUUUUUAAUGUUCGACCCCUUUGGCAUCACUGUCGGAGGAGAGAGCGAUGGGCUCCGGGGCUGUAGAUUCGUCCCAGUGGCUUUCGGUGAAGGAGGAGACCAUUUUCCUCCACGACGGACUCAUUCGGGUCACAGAUCUGGCCGAACUGCCCAGUGAAAUUGGAGUAUCGGAGCAAGGGGACACCGAGCAAGAGAUUCUAACAUUUGAGACGAAGAACCCGGUAGAGCUUGCUGAGCGUCUACGUGCUGUCUGUGGGAAUCAAAGCAAUGCUUAUGCACGACUGCUGGAGUACCGUCUCAAUGCUCUGCGUGGCCUAUGGGGGGCCCAGCGGCAGCUGGCCCUGGAGGAGCAGCAGGAGCGAGAGGGAACUGGAGGGGCUGAUGAGGAGACCUUGGCCUUGCUCAAAAGACAAGGUCUGCUCCAGCAACCCGAGCAGGCGCCCUUCACCUCCCGUGUCGGUCUGCUGCUGGUCUUCCCCCUUUUACAGUCCCAGACUCGCAGUGACCCGGCGCUCUGCGGUGUCACAGCAGAGGUACUGCUAGCCUGCCUCCGGGACUGCCAGCCGCUCAGCCUCAGCAAAGAGCCCGCUGACUGCCUCAAUGGCCUGGAGGGGCUUCUCUGCUCCUGGCUGGAAGAUGGUGCCCAGGAGUCAGGCCAACAGCAGGGGCAGGCUCAGCCGCAGAUCCUCCACACACACAGACAGAGGGAAAACGCUGCUGCCGCUCUUGUGGCACUUGCCUGUGCCAGGGGAUCUCUGAAGACCUUCAUCCACACAGUCCACCUGCUGCAGAAACAAACCGAUCUGGGCCAGCUCCCUGUGUCAGAUGUCCUGUACAGACUCCUGCUCCUGGAAGGAGGCCCAGGCUCUCCAUCCUGCCUCCUGGGGGGCAAACACAGUGUGUCCUGGGGUUUUGAGGACAUGCUGCCCACACCUGAUAAUUCUGCUGGAGGAGCAGAGAGUAAAGACACUGACCUAGGGCGAUGUCUCGCCACAGACGGACUCUAUCUGUAUACCACUAACUCCUCUGGGAGAGGACUCAGCAAGCUGGGCUCUGGUUUACACGGCACACUGAGGGGUUUUGUGUACUGUCGAAAUGAAGAGUUGGAGCCUGGCUGGGUGGUGUUCAGCAGCGGUCGUCUCCUCCACCGUCCCUCCUCCUUUGAUGCCAAGCCUCAUCAGCUGUGCCAGGUCAUUGACCCCUUCACCCUGCAGGUGUGCCAGAUUGUGCCCAUGCCAGCCCAUCACUUCCCCGUGGGCAGCAGCAUGACCACGCUGCACCUCUGUUCAGAUGGCACCUAUCUGUACUGGGUCUGGUCCCCAGCCAGUCUCAAUGAGAAGACGCAGAAAGGCCAUUCUGUCUUCAUGGAUGUCUUUCACCUGUCUACACAGACAGGGUUGUGUGUUGCAGACAUCUUGCAGGAGAGGGUUAUUCUUACUCGCAAGGAAGGCGAGUCUUCAAAGUGCUUGAAUGAGCUUCUCUUGAGUCGAAUGUCACGCUUCCGGGCCUCCCAUUCUGCCACAUUGGCUGCUCUAACAGGCUCUGCGAUCACCAACACUGUCAAAGAAGAACAGUCUGCUGUCAACACUAGCUGUGGGCUCCCUCUGAAGACCCUGAGAAAGACGCCUAUGUAUGUUUGCGGGACUUAUCUAGUGAUGCUGGUCUCACCUCCUGGUGUAUCUGGGAGCUCUGCCACACGCUCCCUAUUUGGGGGUACCAGCAGCCUGUCCUCUCUCAAAAUUUUAGCCUCCAGCCUGGUUUUUAACCUGGCUGACGGUCAGUUCAGCAGCCGUGCAGACCUCAUUGAUGCUCCUGGCAGUUCUUUAGGAAGGGGAGCACAGGUGGCAGGACUUGGAGCAUGUUAUGAUGCACUGAACAACUUGAUCUGGACGUGCUCCAGUGAUUACAUAGAUCAAUGGUGCAAUCCUGGGAACCAAGCCUUUCAUCAUGUGUGCCAUAGGCUCGGUGUUAGCCAUGUCAUCAAAGAACCCAAAGAGGAAACUGUGGCCACUGGUGAGGUGAUCAACCAGCUACUUCAUCAUGUAGGUGCUAUGUGUAUCCACCAGCUCAACCUGCUGGCAGCCAGCAGUAACAGCCUGCCCCUGGGGGCCCUACUCGGUAAACAACAUCCCAUCGAGGCCCGUCACUUUAGCAGCAUCUGUGACAUUAUGGAGAAGGCCAUGGUCAAUGGAGACACCUGCAUCAUCCGCUGCAUUUUGGUGGUGUUCCAGGUGGUAUUUAGGUUUUUUAAUCCUCAGUCGGAGCAGAAUAGGGAGAGUGUGCGUCGUUCAGGUCUACUCCUGUGGCAGCUACUCAUGGCUCCAGUGGAUCAGAUAGGAUCAGAGAUUCAGAAAGAGGUGUGCCUGGCCAUCAGCUCAGGCCUGAAUACUUUGUACCAGGGGGAGGCUGAACUUAACAAACUGCUGAAACUGGUUUUAACUGAAGGUGAAAGAAACAGUGGCCUGUCUCAACUUCGUGAUGUCAUCCUUACCAACUUGGCAGACCAACUGCAGAAGAAUAGAUUUGGGAGUGAAGAAGAUGACCACUACAGAUUGAGUGAUGAACUGCUGCACUGUAUCCUCAAGACUGUAGUCCGGGAAUCCUGCCUCCUCAUUACCAAAUGUCAGACUGUCGCCCGAGAUGAUUUCCAGAAGCUGCUCUCCACUGUGCCAGUGGUCUCACCUAGUCUGCGCUACCUCAUGGCUGUUCAGAACCACCUCCUCAGUAACACCAUUCUUAUCCGUCCGGAUGAUAACGACGACAGUGACAGCUCCCUACAAGGGGAAACAAUGAAGGUACAGGAGCUGCAAAGUAGUAUCCUGUCCCUAGCCACUAAGAUCCUGGUGGGAUGUGAUGAAGUGCUGGAGACCCUGCAGCAGGUGACCACGGCUCUAAUUAACAGCGACAUCCCUGACAGAGAAACCAGGUUGAAAGGCUUGGAGCAGGUAACUAAGGCCACCAUGCUUGGGCACCUGCUGCCAGUGUUGCUCACCACUUUGAUGCACCCCAACCUGCAGACCCUCACCCUCGCUGAUGCCCUCAUGCCUCAGUUGGUGCAGCUGGUCCUCUACACCAGCCAGGUUGGAGUCUUGCCAAUCCAAAAGACUGCCCUGUUACUAAAGACACAGUCUCCACUUUUCACUGAAGAGCCUCCACUUAUGGGUGGCUCUCUAGGACAGGGGGCGAAGGCAUGUGCUGCUGAUGACAAAAUUCUUGACGAACGCGAAGAGCCAGGUUUCCUGACUGGACUGAAGAUCCCUGCCCCAUGGGCUGCUGGGAAGACUGUAGAGACAGUGCACCCUGUGAGGGACAAUUACAAGUUCAAGGAGACGGUACACAUCCCAGGAGCCCGCUGCCUGUACCUUCGCUUUGAUUCUCGCUGCUCCUCACAGUAUGACUAUGACAAGUUGGUGAUCUAUGCUGGUCCCAACACCAACAGUCGUAAAGUGACAGAGUAUGGAGGGAACACUCUGGGAUAUGGGAGUCGCAGUGUUCUGGGGACAGGAUGGCCCAAAGACCUUGUCAAGGUUGAAGGAGACACUGUGACGUUUUCUUUUGAGAUGAGGAGUGGCAGAGAACACAACACCCCCGAUAAAGCCAUGUGGGGGUUCUCCUGCACUGUUAGAGCUCAGGAGUCAUCCGAGGACGUCUCUGGAGGCCUCCCCUUCCUGGCAGACCUGGCACUGGGUCUGUCAGUGCUGGCCUGCUCGAUGCUCCGCAUUCUGUAUAACGGGCCAGAGGUGACAAGAGAGGAGGAAGCCUGCCACGAUUUGCUCUGCUCAAAGCUGCUGCAAAGGUGUCAGUGGCAGGUGGAAGCAAAUGGUGCAAUCUCCCCUGCCCUCACGCCCAGCCCUUCACCUCUGCCACUCACUAUCGAGGAGGACCGGGAGUUCACCUACCCCUCUGAUGUGCUGAUCCCACCCCCAGGCCUCAUGCCAGGGACCUACUUUGACUUGCCUCGUAUCCGCCUCCCUCCGGGCAUCAUGGGUAGGCUACGAGAGGUGUCCGGAAGGGCUCGACCACAGUUCCGUCCUAGCAUCAAGGAGGUGAUCAGGCCAGAUGUUAUGGAGGAGGUAAUAGUAUCUUGCGUCAUAAAACAUCUAAGCCUGGUGGAUGCCCUUCAGUCACUUGUCAACUACCAGUACCGUGAGGAUCACGCAGAGGAGUAUGACCUGGUCUGUAAGAUCAUGGCCGAGACUUUCAAGAAGAUCAAUGCUAUGGAGCGUCAGCUGCAGAGUGUCGCAGAACUGGAGCAGAAGUGGCAGAAUGAGGUAGAGGAGGCCCAUCAGGGAAAGCUGGAGAACAACGCUCCUUUCUUUCACGACUACCACUUCUUUGAGAACAAAAUUAAGGAGCUGGAACUACUUUGCUCCCUGAAGGAGGUCCCACUCGAUUUUAGUGAUUUGGAAAAUGUUGUCCUUGCACUAAGGCAAAAGUUCUUUCAGGAGGUAAACACCAUGCACCUCAGAAGUAGCACCUCACUGGCCAAAACUAAGGCACUGGUGAAGAGUCUGAUGAACCGCACUGAGCUGCUGCUCCAUGUUACCAUUGCUCCACACUGCAGAAGCCUAACCACUACACCUGCUGGCACUCCUGGUCCAGCCUCUAAGUCAGUGUCAGAUGCCAAGACAGUGAUGCCCUUGGUGAAGCAGCCAGUCUUCCUACGCAGCAUGUCUGCACCCUCUGACUUAGAGAUGAUUGCUAACCAGGACUUGGAGUUUACACAUGCGCCCCAAAGGAGGCGACACCACCCUACUAGUCACCGUAGCAGCUCAUUCACCCUGCUGCAGUCUCUGGCCAUAGAGGACAGCCGUGACAAACCAACAUACAGCGUGCUGCUGGGACAGCUCUUCGCUUUUAUCGGAACAACACCUGAUCAGGCUGUGUCAAGCAGCAGUUUCCUGUCUGCCGCGCAGACACGUUGGAGACGUGGCAGCACGCGGAAGCAGGCUCUUGUUCAUAUGAGGGAGUUGCUCACUGCUGCUGUCAGAGUUGGGGGUGUCACCCACCUGGUGGGGCCUGUAACUAUGGUACUGCAAGGUGGCCCAAGGAUUGAGGAGCUCACCUGUGGUGGAAUGGUAGAGCAGGUGCAGGAGGCCUUUGGGGAGACCAUGACGUCCGUAGUGUCACUAUGUGCUUGCUACCCCAUUGCUUGUGCCAACAGUAUUGGCUUGCUUUGCACAAUACCGUACACCAGGAGUGAGGAGCAGUGCCUAGUUCGGAGCGGUCUGGUCCAGCUCAUGGACAGCCUGUGUAGUUUAAGCGGUCAGAGGGAAUGCAGCUCAAACGAAAAGCAGACCAAAAAACAGAAGGUGGCCACCAUGGCCUGGGCUGCUUUCCAGGUGCUGGCUAACCGCUGCAUCGAGUGGGAGAAGGUGGAAGGUGGGUCUACAGAUGCAGUGCACUCUGGUCUGGCACGGCAGGUGUCAAGCCUGUUGACCAAUCAUCUUGCCAGAGCCACAGAGUGCUGUGGGAAUCAGGCAGCUGGCAAUGAUGCAUUACAAGAUGUGCUCAGUCUGCUCAAUGACCUUUCAAGGAGUCACAUAGGGAAAGCUAUCCUGAGCCAGCCAGCUUGCGUUUCUAAGCUCCUGUCUUUGCUGCUUGAUCAGAGACCUUCUCCAAAGCUGGUACUCAUCAUCCUGCAGCUAUGCCGAGCUGCCCUGCCUCUCAUGAGUGUGGAGGACUGUGGUAACGUGGCCCUGCCCUCGUGGAGCUACUCUAUUAACACACUAGAUGCUGAACAACAAGAUGCUAAUGACCCUGCCUCACGUAUUGCUGCCCUGCUGCUAGCCAAGCUGGCAGACUAUGUAGUACCAGGCUGUCAGACCCUGCUCUCCCCCAGCUCUUCUGAGCCAGACACAAGUCUUUCCCGUGCCAGUUCCAAAGGAGCUCUGAAGUCUGAUGAUGUUGGGGAAGAGGGAGAGGCGGUUGAUGGCAAGCUAUCAAUCUUCAUCCACAAGAGAGAGGACCAGUCCUCUCAUGAGGUUCUACAACCACUUCUCAGCAGCUCAGAAGGACGUCCCUUUCGGCUUGGCACUGGAGCAAACAUGGAAAAGGUGGUAAAGAUGGACAGAGACAUGACAAAGAGCGGCAGCUGUGAGGUGAUCACAGAAGAGGCAUCUGCUGCCCUGAGGAAGGCUAACAAGUGGGCCCAGUCUGGUCUGAUAGUGAGCAUUGGUCCACCUGUGGAGACUCUAGCCCAGGAGACUGCUGGAGGCAUCACCACUGGUGACAAGAAGAAAACUGCUCAGACUGCUGUUUGUAGAGACAGGAAUGCUGAGCUGGCUAGGUCAGACCCUGUCAGGCCGUUCAUCAGCGGCCAUGUUGCCAACAGUAUGGCUGCUGAGGUUAUCGCUCUGCUGCAUAGCCUUCUCACUGCCCCCGAGUCGAACACCGCUCAGAUCUGGACCAGCACUGCUGAAAAAGUUCUCUCCCGGGCCCUGAUGUUUAUCCCUCAGCUGGGGAAGUAUGCGGAGAGUAUUCUGGAGAAUGGGAGCAGCAGUGGCAGGAAACUGGCUAAGCUUCAGGCCAUUGGCAGACAAGCUGUUGCUGCACUCUGUGCCCUUGGGGGCUUCAAAGAAACUAUUAAGAUCGGCUCUGAGGUCCAGGUGGUAGGUAAAGGAGUGCUGGGUAGUGUGGGCAUAGUUAUGUCCAUCAAUGAGCAGGAGGGCAUUGCUACAGUCAAGUUCCCAUCUUGCGAGUACAGGAAAGCUUGCAAAGCCUCAGACAUCCUGACAGUACCUAUAUCACGCCUCUGCACGCCCAGAUCUGAGGCUCUCCCCCUCUAUAAGCUCUCGAUCACCGAGAAGGUGGUACAAGCAGUGCAGUCCAUGCUUCUGCCACAGGAGGGCAGCCUCUCCAUUCACACUUCUCUACCGGCUACAGGAGAUGGCUCCAGCCCGGUAAUGGCUGCAGUACGCUUGCUGGCUGAAAUCAGAACCAGGGCAUGCCUGGUGAUGGCCCAGCUCCUGGAGGAUAGCUCCUUCUGUGAAGAGUUCAUUCAGCAGUGUCCCGCUGCUGUUGAAGUUCUCAACCUGGUUGCUCAGGAAUGCAGCCCUGUCUUGUCAUCCCUUGCAGGUGAGCGUCUCGGCAUGGUUGAGGCUCAGUGUGAAAGAGUGAGAAUGCUGUACCGGGACUGCGCUCGGCCUCCUCCUCCACCACUGCAGACUGACAGACGGCAGCCCAAGGAGAUCACUUGGUGUCCAUCCAGAGUUUUCCCUCCGGUCCGAGCCUGCAUGUUCUCAUCCCGUCUGACCUCUGUCACCUUCCUGGCUGAUCCAAGUGCUGGAGGAGGGCUGCCCAGAGGCACCUUCAUCUACGCCACCUGUCCUGUACCAAUUCAGGCCCCGUCCUUUUACUGGGAGAUAGAAAUUGUCUCCUAUGGAGACUCUGAGGAGGACAGUGGCCCGAUUGUGUCCUUUGGUUUUGCCACCGAGGCAGAGAAGAGAGACGGAGCGUGGACCAACCCUGUCGGCACAUGUCUGUUUCAUAAUAAUGGUAGGGCAGUGCACUAUAAUGGCUCCAGUCUGCUGCAGUGGAAGAGUGUCAGGCUGGAUGUGGCUCUACUUCCUGGCGAUGUGGCUGGAAUAGGCUGGGAGCGUUCUGAGGGCACGCCUCCACCCCCUGGUCAGGCCCCAAAAGGCAGGGUCUACUUCACCUACUGCGGCCAGCGGCUCAGCCCUAUUCUUGAGGAUGUAGCUGGUGGAAUGUGGCCCCUGGUACACAUUCAAAAAAAGAACUCAAAGAUCCGUGCCAACUUUGGAAGUCGGCCAUUUGCAUACGCAGAAGGCCAAGCACACAGAAAUGCGGCUGACCUGUGUGUAGACCUUGCAGAGGAAAUAAGUGCAAAUUUUGAAGCACUGCCCUUUGCAAUGGCCUCAGACAGUGACAACGAUGCAGGUGCAAGUGUUACCUCUGACUCUGGCUCCCAUGGACCCCCUUGUCGGAAUGCAGCUGUGGCAGUCGCCCAACAACAGUACAACAGUGACCUGUCGUGCCAUUACAAAGUUGAGCUGAGCUACGAGAACCUGGUCACUUCAGGGCCUGACCCACAUCCCCCUCCUAUUGCAGAUGAUGAGAGUGAUGAUGAGGAUGAUGACGAUGUCCCAAGAGAGGACCACUAUGCCUUGCUGGUUAAGGCCUGGGAGACCAAAGUGUUCCCUACCAUUCGUAGGCGGUUCCGUAACGAGGCUGAGAGGAAAUCUGGCCUGGACCAAAUCAAAGGAGCUCUGCAGCUAGGCAUGGUCGACAUUGCAAGACAGACAGUGGAGUUCCUGUAUGAAGAGAAUGGCGGCAUUCCUCGUGACCUCUACCUCCCUACCAUUGAGGAUAUCAAGGAUGAGGCCAACAAGUUCACCAUUGACAAAGUUCGGAAAGGCUUGACUGUGGUCAUCCGCAGUCCGGACAGCAACAACACGAACAGCACUACAGGAGGGACAGCCCUUCCAAAGUUUGCUAUCCGGGGCAUGUUGAAGACCUUUGGCUUGCACGGAGUAGUGCUGGAUGUGGACUCCGUGAAUGAGUUGGUGCAGGUGGAAACCUACCUGCGCAGUGAGGGGGUGCUGGUGAGGUACUGGUACCCAAUUGAGAUGCUGGAGCGCCCGCCUGCUGGAUCUCGACGCACUGCGGCUAAUGGCUUAGUCUCACUAGACAGUAGCAACAUUCAGAUUCAUAGGGAACUGCUUCGCUGUGAGAGUGCGCUGGCUCGGUUAUACUGCCGCAUGGCCUUGCUCAACAUCUUCGCCCCCAAGAAUCCCCACACCUUCACUCGUCUCUUCCACAUACCUGCUAUCCGUGACAUCACCUUAGAACACCUGCAGCUGCUGUCCAACCAGCUGCUGGCUCCUCCCCUCCCCGAUGGCACUAUUAGUUCAAGUUCUAUCCUACUGGCCCAGUCUGUGCUUCACAACCUCCAGGGCCAAAGCUGUUCUCCCUCAGAACUAUUCUACCAGGGCAACGCUCAGCCCAUCCGGGAGUGGCUGACAGUGGCCAUCACCCGUGCCUUGCAUCAAGGAGAGGAAAGCCUGCUGGAGCUCACAAAGCAGAUCUGCUGCUUCCUGCAGAAUGCACCAGAGCAGUUUACAUCUGAGGAGUUUCCUGUGACGGAGUCAAAGGUUAGCAUGGAUGUCAGCUUUCCAGGUGCUGCAUUUGUGAUUGUAUCCUGCAAGGAGAGCCAGCUGGGGUGCCGCAAAGACUCCAGCCUUUACAAGGCUCCCUGGGCUCGAGUCAUGGUGUAUGGUCUGGGUCACAAAGUGCGUAGAAAUGGACAGCUAAAUCUGAUGGAGGCUGUGUGCUAUCCACUGGAUGCCUCACCUACCAACACAGGCCUUACUCCCCCUCCCACAACCAACCAAUACCCCUCUGUUAUUAUACCCACUGAUAAGGUGCACAUCAAGCUGGGGGUGUCGCCCCCUCCUGGUGCUGUACUGGUGCUGCACUCCUUGCCACUGGAGUUUCCUUUAGCCAUGGCAUUUGCUGAACAGCUGUUGACAUGGAAGCUGGGAGAGAGCACUGAGCGAUCAGAGGAUGAGCUGGACACAGUGCCCUCGUCUGUGCUGCUGCAGGUGGUAGAACUACUAGGUGGUUUGCUUUGGACCACUGAUCUGGCUCCCUCCAUCAAAGAGCUCAUCUUUCACUUGCUGGCUGAGCUUUUGCGGAAGAUCCACCACUUGGAGCAGCGCAAGAGCCCUGCUGGUCUCUCCAGCUCCAUUGCUCUGCUGCUUAACCCCUGCCUCGCAGUGCUCAUGGCCCUGCAGACAGAACUCCGAAAGCUUUACGACAGGGAGACUCAGGGAUGGACUGCUGGAGGGGCUGGAGCAGGGGGGUCUUCAUCCGGAGGCAUCGCAUUGGCUCUGGGGGCAGAGCAGAGCCGGUUCUCUACCUACUUCCACGCUCUGAUGGAGGUGUGUCUGGCUGUGGCAGAGGUGACACUUCCCCUCAAUGUAAGCGGCUCCUCAGUGGGAGCCCUGUCCUCCACCAGCGCCCCUAACCUUAGUGACUCUUCUUCAUCGUCGUCAUCGUCCCCAGGCCAGACACCACAGAGCCCCAGCCUGCUAUCCAAACGUAAGAAGGUGAAGAUGAAGCGUGAGAGAGCAGCAGCUGCAGUGGCAGCAGCAGUCUCAGGCAAACGGGGAAGUGGAGGUGCGCGGUUGUCAGAGAGUGACAGUGCCCUGCUGAACAUGGCGGGUAGUAAACCUGAGGACAUGCUGUGGUUCCACCGCUGCCUCACUCUCCUGAUGAUCCUACGACAUUUAGCCAAUAAGGACCCGCAGGGCUUAAGUGUGACCAGCGAUGCAGUGACAGAUGCCUGCCAGGCUUUGGUGGGUCCCACUGCCCACAGUCGCCUGCUGGUGCUCUCAGGUAUCCCCACGCACCUGGAGGAGGCUGCGGUCCGAAAGGCUAUUCGCAGGGCUUGCAACGCACAUGGAGGGCUCUUCAAAGAUGAAGUCUUCAUCCCUCUGCAGGAAGAGGACCCCAAGAAGCCCAAAGCUGGGAUUUCUAGCCCUCAGGAUGGUAAAGCAGGCCCUGAACCUGAGCGCCCCUUCCCCAACAGCGGAGGCCCUGAGAGUCCUGACAGCUCCAGCAGCGUGACUCCAGCUAUGAGUGUGAGCGCUUCAGCUUCUACCAGCCAGACAUCGAUCGGUAGCUCCUCUCAGGGAGUCUCCCGCACUGCCAGUGAACUUUCUGUUGAUCAGGAGCUGUUGGCUGUUCCACCUCUCACCCCUGCUGCUGCAGCUUCAGCUGUUACAUACCCCCAGCAGGGCCCCCAAGACCCCCAGACUGUUUCUAGCCAGGAGAGUUUAGAUACCUCCCUGUGCAGUACAGGAAGCCUGGGGAGUCUCGGCAGCUUGGGGGAGCCUCUCGACGGAGCAGAAACACCGUCGGUGUCAGAUGGCGGCUCUAUGCACACAGUCACCUCGCUGGAGAGCAAUGCAGUCAUGGCCAGGCCCAUCAAGGGUUACGCUGUCAUUGAGGUUCGUUCUCGGGCCAAAGUGGAAAAAAUCCGAGCCAGUCUUUUCAACAGCAGUGACCUGAUUGGUUUGUCUAGUCUGGAAGGUGAAGAGGAGCUAAUGGAGUUGACCAAUGAGGAGAUCCUCACAGCUUCCAGUGUUAAUCAAAGCCUGUUUGACACACAGGGAAGCUCUGCUCUUGAAGACUACUUCCUGGACAAGUCAGUCAGAGGUGACAAGCUUGUACCCGGAGCACGAGAUGUCCUCACAGAUAUUUUUAAGAGUUGUGUGCACUCGGAGCAGAUGCUCAGCCUCACACCGGCCAAGCCAGUUAAAGUGUCAGACAUUUACCUCAGCAAGGAGCAGAUCAACGCUCAGACUCCUGGCAACCUACUGCAUACUUUCUUCACCAAUGUUAGGCCUCCAAAGAAAGUACUUGAAGACCAGCUUACUCAGAUUCUAAGAAAGUAUGGCACUCCCAAGCCCAAUAAGAACAAAUACAGCAAAGCAGGAAAAGAACAGCACCAAGGCAAGGUUGUGAGCACAAAGAGGCCCAUCACCAAACCUCCCACCAAGGAAAAGUCUGUCCUCAACAGUGUCAGGACUGCACUGAGUGAGAAGAAGACAGUCCUGAAGCCUAAAUCUCCUGAGAAAUCCAGACCUGAUGAGAAAGAUGUGGAAAAAUCUCCUGCAAAGAAAACUGAAGUCCCAGAGGAGAAAUACCUGACACUGGAGGGCUUCCAUAAAUUUGCUGUCGACCGGGCCAAGCAAGACAUCCGUAGCGUCUGGAGGGCAAUUUUGGCUUGUGGUUAUGAUCUCCACUUUGAAAGGUGCACGUGUAUAGACACACGUCACGCCCAGAAGGCCUGUAGGAAGUGGGGCUUGGAAAUGGACGUGGCAUUGGUCCAGUACAUCAACAGACUCUGCCGUCACCUGGCUAUCACACCAGCCAGACUACACCCCCAUGAAGUCUACCUGGACCCCAGUGAUACUGCUGAUCCUCGUGUGGCCUGCCUGCUCAAUGUCCCUGUGGAGAGCCUGCGCUUGCGCUUUGCUCUGUUGCAGUCCCUCAACAACACCCUGGAGAGUUUCUUCCUGCCGCUAGUAGAGCUGAGACAGACACAAACCUAUGAGAACAGCAUCGCAGCACUGUUAUGUGAGGCCAAAGGUCUAAUCUUCUACGACACUAAGGUCACAGUAAUGAACAGAGUCCUGAAUGCCACAGUGCAGCGGACUGCUGAUCAUGCUGCCCCAGAGAUUACACUGGACCCUCUAGAGAUUGUGGGAGGUGAGAUCAGAUCAUCAGAGAACACAUAUUUCUGCCAGGCAGCGCGGCAGCUGUCUUGCGUGCCGUCUUCCCAGCUUUGUGUGAAAUUGGCCAGUGGAGGAGACCCAACCUAUGCUUUCAACAUCCGCUUCACUGGAGAGGAAGUUCAUGGCACAAGUGGCUCCUUCAGACAUUUUCUAUGGCAGGUGUGUAAGGAGUUACAGAGUUCUGCUCUCUCCCUGCUGCUCCCCUGCCCCAGUGCUGCAGCCAACCGUAACAAGGGGAAGUACAUCCUGACACCCUGCCCUAUCAGCUAUGCAGAGGAACAGUUGUUGCAUUUCUUUGGUCAGCUUCUGGGCAUAGCCAUCCGGGCAGAUGUGCCACUUCCUCUGGACCUACUGGGCUCCUUUUGGAAGGGUCUGGUGGGCGAGUCCCUCGACACAGAGCAGGACCUGCAGGAAGCUGAUGUGCUCACUUACAACUAUGUAAAGAAGUUUGAAAAUGUGAGUGAUGAGACGGAGCUGGAGGCCCUGUGUGCUGAGAUCUCCUCCCAGCACCAUUCGGGAGAAAGCCCCGACUCUCCCAGCAGACCCUGCUGCACGUUCACCUACGUCACAAUGACGGGCGAGGAGGUGGAGCUUUGUCAGGGAGGUCGCAGCCUCACUGUCAGCUGGGAGAACAAGGAUGUGUAUGCGCGGGCCGUGCGGAGCCUUCGUCUGAGGGAGCUGCAGAACGUGGAGUGUAUGACAGCAGUGCGCGCGGGGCUCGGCUCAAUCAUUCCCCUGCAGCUGCUCACCAUGCUCAUCCCCCUCGAGAUGGAGCUGCGCACCUGCGGCCUGCCUUACAUCAACCUGGAGUUCCUUAAGGCUCACACCAUGUACCAGGUGGGCCUGAUGGAGACCGACCAGCACAUCGAGUUCUUCUGGACCGCCCUGGAAAUGUUCACUCAAGAGGAGCUCUGCAAGUUCAUCAAGUUCGCCUGCAACCAGGAGCGCAUACCAUUCACCUGCCCCUGCAAGGACGGGGGUCCCGACACCGCCCAUGUCCCCCCCUACCCCAUGAAGAUCGCUCCUCCUGAUGGAGCUGCAGGUCAGCCAGAUUCGCGCUACAUUCGCGUGGAGACCUGUAUGUUCAUGGUGAAACUGCCCCAGUACACCUCUUUGGACGUGAUGCUGGAGAAGCUGCGAUACGCCAUCCACUACCGCGAGGACCCUCUUAGCGGCUAAGAAGACUUGACAACCCAAUGUUCCCAAGCGUGUAUACCUUUCCCACCCACCCAUCUUACUUUUGACCCCUGCCUCCCUUUCUUUCCCCGGACCCUCCUAUGAGACAGACCACAGUCCUCGAUGCUCUGAUGCUCCAAUUCAAUUUUAUUUCAUUUUAUUUGAUAUGAGUGGCUAUUAAUGCUUUGCAUGUUCAUCCCUGCUUUUUUUUUUUUUUUUUUUUUUUUUUUUUUUUUUUAGCAUUUUACACAAUACUACAUGAUUAUUUUUGACACAUAUUUUUUGUGAAGAAUUCAGGGAAGAUAAUCUGAACCAGCACUGACAGCGUUAACGAGUGUCUGUUCUGGUUGCACUGAGUUUGAGGAUGGCAUUGAAGUGAAACAACUGUGACACUGUUUUAUUUAUUCACCUUUUCCCCUCCCCCUAUCUUUGACAGAGGGUUUAACAAGCUUCAGUCGAGUUCUGUGAAUUUAACAACUUACUGGGAUGGCUUCAGAUCAGCACUUUACAGUUGCGAGUUCAAUUCCUGAUUUCCAAACCUUUCAGUAUUUGAAAGUGUGGUCUCAGCUAAACCGGCUCUACUCUGAGAUGCUGAACUUUUGCGUAUCUGUGAAGGAAACAGACAAACUGUUACUCUCCUAAUGCUUAACCUAGCUGCCUCCCUCUGUCUCUCCCUCCGUGGGGGUGAUGUUCUGAAACAUGCCUUUGCUGUAGGAGCCUCUCUCUAGAGGUUGAUGCUGGUUCUGUGUGGAAAAAGAAAAAAGCCCAAAUGAUUUUCAUAGAAUUAUCUGACUUUUGAGUCGGAGGUACGACUACUACUAGAAAAAGGAAACGUGUGACGCUGCCUAUUUUUGACCGCGUCAGCUAUGAGCAGGCAGAAGAUGUGAACAAGUGCUGUACAGGAUAUUAUGUAGUUUACUGCCUGUUUUAAGAAAUAUGAACUGCUAAUGGACAAACUAACUUAUGCCUAUAUAAACUGAAUACAUUUUAUCCGAGUCUCCAAAAGAGAGGGUAUUUAAGUCAUGUAAAAAGUCAUAUUAAUCUAUUAGUUUAUGAAAUUGCUUUUUGGAUUUAUUUUUUUUGAAUAUCCGAGUAGCUUUGGCGGCAUGGUAGGUCGGGUAGACUGGAGAGGCCUGCUGGUUCUGAUAAUACUGCAUUUCAGGUCUGUGCAACCUGUGUUGUUUUGUGAAAAUGGGAAGGAGAUGAUGUUCUCAUGAGCUGCUCUCCCACAUUGUUUGUGUGCUACUGCUACUGAAUGUGCAACCCCCCCCUGCUCCCAAACAUACACAAUCUACACACACACACGCACACAUAUACAAACACACACACACACACACUGGGGGAGGGGUGGCGGAUUAUCUUGAGUUCUGCCUUUUCAUAGUUUUCUUUAAUGAGAGAUCAGGAUUCUGCUGUUUCUUUUGUCUUUUGUUCAUUUUACCAUAACCAAAUGUUUAGCUGUGUAAAAAUUAAAUAGGAAAAAAAUGUAAAUAGACUGAAGUUAUGUUUGAUGGCAGUUUUUAUUAAUUGCUAUUUCACUUCACCUUUUAUUAUUUUUGCUUUUGGUUUGCACUACUCUUCCAAGAAAAGAUUCUAAAAAUGAGCAAACUAGGUGAUGUCUGUUGGAUAUCCGGUUUGUUGUGUUGUUAUUUUUUAUGAAUUUUGGAAAUACCAGUAAUCUUAUCACCUUUGUCUUGUACUCAGAUGGAUUCAAUUUCUUCUACUCAUGGUGAAACAUGUUUUCUUGUGUGAGUAAAAUCGCCAUUUUACUUGGAUAGAACUGAAAAACACAACAGAAUUGAUAUUUGACGCAUAUUGGAUUGUUGAAUUGCUUGCGAGUUUCGGUUUUGGUUCAGUUCUUUUGAAGGGUGAUUAUACCGCUGCUAACAGGGACGCUCUCUCUUCUACUCCCUCCUCCUCCGGGGGAGAUGAUAAGGUUAUAAAAAGGACAUAUCCAUACAAAGAGGUGUUGCGAUAAAAAUGUGUGCUGUACAUUUACUUGAUAUUUAUUACAAUUAUUUAUGGUUGCAUUAACUUAACUUUUACUGUCUUACCUCUGCACAUCAGAAACUUAACAUAUCUAAAAAGGAUUAUACAGAUGUAAAGAAUCAGAUGGCAUUUGAGAUUUCUGUGUCACAAUAAAGAAAUGUCUUCAUGUACAAA